GAAAUCUCACGCGUCAACGACAACGACAACGACAUCUCCAUCCUCACUUUCCCUCCCACCGAGCCAUCACCAACAUUGCCAACUUGCCCAACGGCACGAUGGGCGAGCGCCUCGAAAUCGCAGCUCAAAAAGCAACCAUUCAAGACAUCCUCUGCCUCCCUCCCAAAUGGCUCUCUCUGUACUCAAACUUCAUAACGAAAAACCAAUCCUCGGUCACCUCAAUAGAAUCCGCUCUCCGUUCCCUAACGUACAUAAUACCCGGCCGCUUUCGCGAUGCAGAAUUAGCAUCUGAAUCUCUGCACUCCUCCAUCCAACUUCUCUCCUUAUACCACGACACCUUACUUCUCAGAGCGAUGUCAAAACUACCUGGUGCACCAGCACAGCAAAGUCCACACAAUAGAUACACGAAGUUCUGGAUCCAAAAAUCGAACUUCUACCGUCGGGUAGCGAUGACAUUAAGUGUCGUGCAAUACACCGAGCUGUUAUGGGAGAUGAUGGCUAAGCGCAAGGGUGAGAAGGUGCGCUGGCGCAUCGCCAUUGUUCUCGAGAUCGUCAAAGCAGUGUGCCGACUUUUGCUUAUGCGGAUCACGAAUUCUCGACCGUUGGUAUCACCGCCCUUGCCGGAGAGAGAGGUGAUCCCUGAGGAGGCAGUCGAGGAGGAGGAAGAGGAAGAUGGGUUUAGAGAUGAGGGAUUCCAUGAGGAGAGGGAGAGGCCAGUUAAGGAGAAGGAGUACAAGAUGAAGAGGACGGGGAUGAGUUUACCGGUACUACCGAACCCGAGCGAUAUCUCGACUUAUCUGCUGUCGAAAGUUCUUACUGCAGAUGACAUCAAAGCCGCGCCUUCCCUUCUCAAUUCUACCAGAGGCUCAGCACAGCUUGCUGAAAUCCUGUAUAUUUUACAGCCGGUAAUCUACGCGGUGGCAUUGUCUCGCAGCAAAGACAAGCGCAACUGGCAGCCCUGGUUACUAGGUCUCAGCAUUGAGUAUGCGGCGAGGCAGUUGAGAAAAGAUGGCUUGAGGACGACGAGUCUUGAGAGGGAGCAAUGGGCCAAGCGAGGGUGGGCGAUGGGAUGGUGGGCUAUGAGAGGCGCGUUUUAUGAGAACGUGACGAAGGGAUUUCUGCAUAAGACUUCGGACAGGUUACCUUCGUUGAUCUCGGGCGUCUUGGAUGAUUACUUAUAUCUUUGGGAUGGUUAUUACUUCAGUACUAGUUCUAAUUGAUAGAGAUAGAGGACAAAGAAUGCCACCAGCAGUAUAAAUCUGUUUGAUUUCACUUGGCUGCAGAGCUUGUUAAUUACACUCUAAGUACAACGCAAACCCCGAGAGCUGAAGAAAGG